AUGACCAAAGCGGUACUGCAUCACACGGGGAGGGUGCUGUGGACGCCGCCGGCGAUCUUCAAAUCAUCGUGCGAAAUCGACGUUCGCUACUUUCCGUUCGACCAACAGACAUGCUUCAUGAAAUUCGGCUCCUGGACCUACGACGGUUAUCAGAUCGACUUGAAGCACAUCAACCAGAAGUACGACGACGACAUGGUGACGGUGGGCAUCGACCUGCGCGAGUACUACCCGAGCGUGGAGUGGGACAUCCUGAGCGUGCCGGCGGAGCGCCACACCAAGUUCUAUCCGUGCUGCGCCGAGCCCUACCCGGGUGAGUGCGAGGCCGCGCGAGGCACGCAGGCGGGCGGGCGGACGCGCCGGAGACGGUCGCCGGCAGCGAACAAGCGCCAGCGCCUGCUGCCGCCCCCAUCCCCGCGCGGUAGUCGCUUGAGACCCGGCCUGCGCCGCGCCGCCCAAACGGCUGUUGCCGCCACGCCCCCGCGCCCUGUGCCCGCCUCCCGCUGGAGCGCUCACGCCCUCUGCGCAAAAAAGUUCGGCGGCGCCGCUCUGCGGUGGGAAACUUUUCGGGCUUCCCGCGAUGCACGCCGGCAACGGCGCCAUGGAAAGCCCCUGAUAACGCCCUGGCCCUCGCCCGCCACCGCCAUUGCCAUCGCCACCUCUAUCGCCAUCGCCACCGCCAUCGCCACCGCCAUCGCCACCGCCAUCGCCAACCGCCAUCGCCACCGCCACCGCCACCGCCCGUCGCGGCGCCGCAGGCAAACCAACAGUCGCCACUGA